AAAAAAAAAAAAAAGAAAAAGAAAACUCGAAAGCCUAUUGGUCAAAAUUUUCCCAAUUUCGUUUGCAGAGUUGUUCGUUAGAACUCUGGCAUGUCCUAGAGAUCUCUGAUUUCCUAGACGCCGGAAAAACCUUUUAUGAGCUGUUCGAGCACAGAGGGAAUUAACCGGCAGAACAUAUGGUGAUUACGAGCGUCUUUUCGGUGGGCAGCCACCGGUUAGCUUCGGUGCCUUGUUCAAGGCCCGGGCAAAGAACGAGACCUAGAGUAAGAGCAGCUUUGGUGGAAGCGAGACCGAAAGCUAUGCCAGUGCCAAGAGAUACUAAUCUAGUACUAGGGGGGAAUAGGACGGAGGACCUGCAGGCAGAGGCAAGGGCCAUGGCUCGUGCCGCCAAUGCGUCCAUUUAUAGCCCCGAGCUUCUUGCAAUUAAAUACGGGUCCAGGCCUAUCAAGGUAUUGCAAAGGACUCUAGCAAUUUUGGUAGCCCUUGGUUCAUUUGCCUUAAAACUAUUGCUGGACCAGAGGAAUGGGGUAUUUGAUCAAAAUAAGAGAAUGCGAGCUGUUGAACUCAGGAGAAUUUUCACCCGACUAGGACCUACUUUUGUCAAAUUAGGCCAGGGCUUGUCUACCAGGCCUGACAUCUGCCCUACUGAGUAUCUCGAGGAACUCUCUGAACUUCAGGAUGCACUGCCUACAUUCCCUGAUGCAGAAGCAUUUUCGUGCAUUGAGAAAGAGUUGGGACUACCCCUUGAUUCUAUUUUUUCAUCCAUAUCCCCUUCUCCUAUUGCAGCUGCCAGUUUAGGCCAAGUUUACAAAGCUCAGCUUAAGUAUUCUGGACAAAUUGUUGCUGUCAAGGUCCAGCGCCCUGGCAUUGAAGAAGCUAUAGGACUUGACUUUUACCUGAUUAGAGGAAUUGGAACUUUUAUCAACAAAUAUGUUGAUAUUAUCACUAGUGAUGUUGUUGCUCUUAUUGAUGAAUUUGCUCGCAGAGUUUAUCAAGAGCUCAACUAUGUGCAGGAGGGACAGAAUGCGAGGAGAUUUAGAAAGUUGUAUGCUGACAAAGAAGAUAUCCUUGUUCCAGAUAUCUAUUGGGAUUAUACCAGUGGCAAAGUUUUGACCAUGGAAUGGGUUGAUGGAGUUAAAUUAAAUGAACAAGAUGCUAUUGAGAGACAAGGUCUAAAGGUUCUGGAUCUAGUGAACACAGGCAUACAAUGCAGCCUCCGACAGCUGCUUGAAUACGGAUACUUCCAUGCUGAUCCACAUCCUGGCAAUCUCUUGGCAACACCUGAGGGGAAGCUUGCUUUUCUUGAUUUUGGAAUGAUGAGUGAGACACCGGAAGAAGCCAGAUUUGCUAUAAUUGGUCAUGUUGUUCACAUGGUUAAUAGGGAUUAUGAAGCCAUGGCUCGUGAUUACUAUGCUCUAGAUUUCUUGUCUCGUGAUGUCGAUGUGUCUCCAAUUGUACCAGCGCUGCAGAACUUCUUUGAUGAUGCACUCAAUUACACUGUGAGUGAACUAAACUUCAAAACUCUAGUGGAUGGCCUGGGUGCUGUUUUUUAUCAAUAUCCAUUUAAUGUUCCAGCAUAUUAUGCAUUGAUAUUGAGAUCACUUACUGUACUUGAAGGUCUAGCCCUUUAUGCUGAUCCUAAUUUCAAGGUGUUGGCUGCUUCGUAUCCCUAUUUUGCUAAAAGGCUCCUCACUGAUCCAAAUCCAUAUCUUAGAGAUGCUCUUAUUGAGUUGCUUUUCAAGGAUGGAAGGUUUAGAUGGAAUAGACUUGAAAACCUACUUGUUGAAGGAAGGAAAGAUAGAGACUUCUCUGCAAAGGAUGCUUUACAGCCUAUUUUACAGCUAUUAUUGGCCCCAGAUGGUGAAGAGCUUCGAACUUUAGUUAUUAAAGAGGCUGUUCGGAUAACUGAAGCUGUUGUUUUAGGCACCAUUAUUGAUAGUUACAACUCUAUCCCCAGUGUUAUGAGGGCUCUAAUAUUUAAUGGCAACGUAACUGGGCCACUUGCAAUUAAUGAUAUGGAAAUUCAAAGCAUGUUGGAGCUUCGAGACAAAAUCUCUAGGAUAUGGGGCCUUUUGCGAUCUUCUGAAGAUUUCGACCCAGCACUGUUACAACCCAUAUUACAGGUCCUUCAACAACCUGAAGCACGUAGUAUAGGGGGGCGGGUUAUUGGUGGGAUUACUCAACGUCUUGCAGCGCGGUUAUUACAGCAAGUUCUCCGACCUCCAACAACAAUUUCUACGUCUCUAUCAUAGGUAGUGCUGAUACAUGUGAUUGUAGUAUAAAGUAAUAUAUGCUUAGAAAAGGAAAAGAGGAAAAAAAAAAAAAAAAAGGAAUAUAUAUGAGAAUUUGGUAGUACAGACGUUGGAAAUAUGUAUUUCUGGGGAAGGGAUGUUGGAGCAAUCACAUUGUUAUUAAAUUCAUGGAAAUGAAUGUAAAUGAGCCAUUGAAUAUCUUCCUUUGCGUGGUAUUAGUAAAUACAGCCCAAUAUUUACUGCGUCACAAA